UUUUCUUAACAAUCAGAGGAUAAAACGACGUAGUUUUAAAAGCUGUUGGAACUCACUUGGAACAAAAUCCCCAGUCUAUAGAGAGAGUCAAACAGCGGUCAAAUUUUCCGAUAACGUUUCGCCGGUGAUUUGAGUAUUGCGUUUAGAAAGACAGAAGAAUCGAACAUGUCAAAGGAAGAAAGAGAGAUGGCUGGAGAUGUAGUUGCGAGGUUGCAAUCGCAGCUACAGUCUCUCCAGAAUAGAGUCAAGGAAUUAGAGGCUGAGAAUGCAAAGCUAGUAUCUCAACUCUCCAAAUGUUGUUGCCACAAGACAGAGAAGAUGCAUAACGGUUCGGAUGUAAAAUGUUUCAAUUCGAGUGUGGCAAGUCCGAGAACAAACAAUGGAGAUGAUGAGACCAGAAAAAAGAAAGCAUCAGAAAGAAUUCCAGGUUAUAAUUUGGAAAUCAUGACUCACCAUUCCAAGAGAUAUGUUGCUCUAAAAGUUAUGUAUUUUGGUAAGAGGUUUUAUGGUUUUGCUUCAGAAGCACAAAUGGAUCCUACUGUUGAGUCUGAAAUUUUCAAAGCUCUUGAGAAAACGAGGCUUUCAGUUGGUGACAAGAAGGAAUCUCUCUACUCAAGAUGUGGCAGAACAGAUAAGGGAGUCUCCGCUGUCGGCCAAGUGAUUGCAUUAUAUUUAAGGUCAAACCUCAAAGAAGCUGAUGCAAACAACAACACUUCAGGAGAAUUAAUUUCAGGGACUCAAACUGAAGGAGAAAUUGAUUAUGUGAGAGUACUGAACCGAGUCCUUCCAAACGAUAUUCGAAUUUUAGGAUGGAGUCCUGUUUCAAUUGAUUUCAGUGCAAGGUUUAGUUGUUUGGCUAGAGAAUAUACAUACUUCUUUUGGGGAGGAAAUUUGAAUCUCCCAGAUAUGGAGAAUGCAGGAAAGAAAUUUAUAGGAGAACAUGACUUCAGAAAUUUUUGUAAGAUGGACGCAGCAAAUGUACACAACUACAGGCGGCGUGUUACAUUGUUUGAAAUUUCUUCUUCUAAUAUGAGGUUUGAAGGCAAUCAGCUUUGUGCGAUCAAAGUUAAAGGUAGUGCCUUCCUAUGGCAUCAGGUGCGGUGCAUGGUUGCUGUACUAUUUAUGAUCGGCCAAGGUGUUGAAUCAAUUGAUGUGAUAGAUGCAUUACUGGACACUGAGAAGACACCAAGAAAACCUCAAUAUGCCAUGGCUCCAGAGAUACCAUUGGUCCUUCAAUCCUGUCAUUUUGAAGAUGUCAAUUUUAUUUGUUCAUCAGAUUCUGGGCAAGCACUACGUAUACAUUUGGAAAAUGAAUGUCGAGCAUACCAGCUUCAAUCUGCAAUUUUUCAUGAGGCUCUUCUAAGCUGCUUGCCUUUAGCAAAUGGUGCAGAAACCAAGUUUCUACCAUAUAUUUCUAUCAAAGUCUUACUUUUUUGUUUAUCUGUGUUGAUCUGUUUUGCUGAAAGAGCUUUGACUUUUUCAGGCAAGAGCUUAUUGAAUGAGGGAACAAUCAAGAAGGUGGCUUCCCAUGUUCCUCUCUUGUCACGGCCAACCGAGCCAUCAUAUGAGGAAAGAUGUGCCAAACUGAAUUCAAGAAGAUGAACCUGGAAAACAUUUUGGUGGAGUUGAAGCCCUACAAUGUUUACUGUUAACUCAGUUAUCCUGUUAUGUUGUACCGUAAUUUAUUGUUUUGAGUUGUUUGGAAUUUUGAGUUAUGUCAGGGAGCAUGUAGUUUUAAAAAUGGUGAAUUUUGAUCCUUAUAAGCCAAGGGAAAAGUGUCUUUCAUAUGGCAUUCACUAGUAUAUUGCUUUUACGA